UUGAAACCCUAGCGUAGAAAGGGUGGUUUUUCAUCAGAAGUUGUUCUUAUCGGCCCUCUGUUUCUGUUCUCUCUCCCUUCCUCCUCUCUUCUGUUCUUGUAGGCCUCUCCAUUUCUCUUUCUUCUUCCUCGCCCGAAGCAAUGGAGGAGAUAACAGACGCGGUGAACAGCAUGACCAUCUCUGAGACCCACAAGAAAAACAGGAUUCAGGUCUCCAACACCAAGAAGCCCCUCUUUUUCUAUGUCAACCUCGCUAAGAGAUAUAUGCAACAACAUAACGAAGUGGAGCUUUCUGCCCUAGGCAUGGCGAUUGCAACUGUUGUCACAGUGGCAGAGAUACUUAAAAACAACGGACUGGCUGUAGAAAAGAAGAUCAUGACAUCAACCGUUGACAUGAAAGAUGAAUCAAGAGGACGCCCAAUUCAAAAGGCCAAAAUUGAGAUCAUGCUGGGGAAGACAGAGAAUUUUGACGAGUUGAUGGCAGCUGCAGCCGAGGAGAGGGAGUUGGCUGGAGAGGAGCAAAGUUAGGACGUUUGACGUGCUUGCUUGGUUUUACCGUGCAUGUGAUGCUGAAGAAUGGUUUGUAGCGUGCCUUUCUGAAUAUUGGACGGGGUGAUUAUCUAUUCAGCUUGCGUUCGUCGUGGCGAGUGAGUUUUGGUAGAUCUAGUGAUGCGAUAACUUCUGUAAUACAUAAUUUCAAAUUUCUAUUAGAAUAGCAAUGUUCUUUCGAUAACUAAUUGCUUCCAGAGUAUGGCAUUGUUACUCGGUUUGGUGGACUGUGUAACAGUUUCUCGUUU